ACAGAGAGACGCCAUCAUACUCACAGAAUUCAACAACUACACCCCGAAAAAAGAGUUGACCCGAAGCCCCAAGGUGCUGGAGCAUCAGGUCCCUGUGAUAGCACAUUUGCUCUCGAGACUGGGCCAGUCGUUUAUGUCCUGAUGCCCACUUCCCGUAAUGGCCCAUGGCGCCCUCCACGAUCUUUGUGAAGAUGCAGGGGGACAGGGACAGCCUGAAGGGCAGUACUUUGUACUGCUGAGCUUGACCCUUGAAUACAAAUUAAAGAAAUGGUCUGCGUCAAGGAAAAAUUGAGACAUGGAAGCACACAUCCUUUAAGUCAACCGCUGCAAACCUGUGGCUGAACACAUUUGGUAAUGCAUUUCUGCAUCUGCAUUUUGAACUGGAGCUUGCAAAUGGCCCGAUUCAUAACACGCAGGUCCAGGAUUGUCCAAAGGCCACCUCCUUUUUUUGGCAUGAUGACCUCGUCUCGGCUGGAGGGACCGGCUCGAUUGUAUCCUUUGCCAGGAGGACAGUGAGCGCCUUGGACCGCAACUGAAGUCUGGAGAACAGUGCAGGGGGAGUGUUCGCUUGAGAACCAUACCAGACCGUUUCUGGCCCAAAAGACUUGCGCACAAAUGACAUAUUUUCAAGACGUGCAGCAAAUUCAAAACCAACAAAUGUGUAUCAGUUAAUAUUAAUCGAUUUCUGCAAUGAAACGUCACAGCUUCGUCGCACGCUUUUGCUGGUAGUUUUGAAUAUUUUCAGAAACAUCUAUUUUACUUAAUAUAUUUUGAAUAUACUUUUCUGUUCACUUUGUUUUGUUUUUUUUGAACAGAACCUCUAUUUUUGGACCGGCGGCGUGACGUCAUAAGGCUGCGCCGCGGUCCCGCGUCAGUUGUCAUUCUGCUAAAAAAAAGAAAAACUAUUAAGAUGGCGGUUAUUAAAGAGGAAAGUGAAGACAUGAGGAUCGAAGCGGACUUCAGAGUGAAACAAGAAGACGCCGAGGAUCAAGCAGAUCUGAUCAUACUGAAAGAAGAAAGCCAAGAACUGCCUGAAACGGAAGAGAAAGAUAAGUGCGAGAAGCUUCACGAUUUCACAAUCGGAGAGAAAUCCCAUCCCACCGGAAAAAAGCCCUCUCGGAAGAGGGCUCAAAAGGCGGAUUCCAACAGCUAUUUCACCUGCUGUCAGUGCGGAAAGAGCUUCAAUCAAAAGCAAAACCUCGAAGUCCACAUGAGAGUCCACACUGGAGAGAAGCCCUUCAGCUGCCAGCAGUGCGGAAAGUGCUUCACUCAGAAAGGAAACCUCAAAAGUCACCUGAGGAUUCACACCGGAGAGAAGCCUUACACCUGCAAGCUGUGCGGGAAGAGCUUCACGGCAGAACCGAACCUCAAGUACCACAUGAACAUUCACAAUGGAGUGAAGCCGUUCACUUGCGAUCAGUGUGGAAAGAGCUUCACUCGUAAAGUAACCCUCAAUUACCACACCAGGAGUCACACGGGGGAAAACGGUUUAAUUUGCCACCACUGCGGAAAGAGUUUCAGUCACAAAGUGAGCCUCAAGACUCACAUGAGGCUUCACACCGGAGAGAAGCCCUACACCUGCCCUCAGUGCGGGAUGAGCUUCACGUACAAAGCAUCCCUCGAUUCUCACAUGGGAAGCCACGCUGGGGGGAAUCCUUACUCCUGCAAAGUGUGCGGGAAGAGCUUCUCGCUGAAAGGAAAUCUCAAGACUCACACGAGAAUCCACACCGGAGAGAAGCCGUUCGUGUGCGUUCAGUGCGGAAGGUGCUUCACGCGUAAAGUAACCCUCAAUUACCACAUGAAGAUUCACUCGAGGGAGGACUGCUUCAUAUGCCAUGAAUGUGGAAAGAGCUUCCCAGACAUGAAACACCUGAACAGGCAUGUGGUAAUUCACUCCGGAGAGAAGCCUUUCAAAUGCCAGCAGUGCGGAAAGGGAUUCCAGUUCAAUAAAAACCUCAAGACUCACGCGAAAAUUCACACGAGAGAAAAAACGUUCAAAUGCCAUCAGUGCGGGAAGAGCUUCAGCUACAAAGUGAGCCUCAAGACUCACAUGAGACUUCACACCGGAGAGAAGCCCUACGCCUGCCCUCAGUGCGGGAAGACCUUCGCGUAUACAGCGACGCUCAACGCGCACAUGAGGAGCCACACCGGAGAGAGGCCGUACGCGUGCGGUCAGUGUGGGAAGAGUUUCACGCGCAAAGGAAACCUCAAUUACCACACGAGGAUCCACUCUAGGGAGAACAGUUUUAAGUGUCUUCAGUGCGGAACGAGUUUCGCUGACGGGAACCACCUCAAGAGUCACGUGACGACUCACGUCGGGGAGAAGCCUUUCAUGUGCCGUCACUGCGGAAAGAGUUGCGCCAACAAAACAAAUCUCGAGGUUCACGUAAGGGUCCACACCGGAGAGAGGCCUUUCACCUGCCCGCAGUGCGGGAAAGGUUUUACACUCAAAGGGAAUCUUAAGACGCACAUAAGAGUCCACACCGGAGAGAGGCCGUUCACGUGUCUUCAGUGCGACAAGACCUUUACGUAUCAAAGAGAUCUGAAACAUCAUCUGCGAACGCAUUCUGAGAAGAAGCUCCAGUGCUUCGAGUGCGGAAAGGGAUUUCGGAAAACCGGCAACUUCAGAAAGCACCUGCGCAUUCACUCGGGAGGGAGGCGAUGUAAUAAAAAAUUCAUUUCGCCGGCGCACUUACAGAUACACUUGAAGAGGCGCUAUUUGUGCUCCUCGUGUGGAAAGAGGUUUAAAUGGCUCAGCGGUUUAAAAUGGCACCAGAAAAUACGGAUCUGUGUGAAAUUGAAAAUUUCGCCUCCGCUAAACGCGGGCCAAAUCUGAUUCUCCAGCUUCAUGACCGCUUGCCUCCGUGUACUUUUGUCUUGAGGUUUCUUCGUUCUUUUUGUCGUGUACUCACGGGCUUUCACUUCACUUAUGUAAAAUAUUGAGUGCUUAUGUAGAGGCAUCGCUCCAUUCCACGUGUUUAUAUCUCAGAAUCGUAAUAUUAGUUGAACUUCUGUCUUGCUGUGAAUUACUGCAUUAUUCAGCGUAAGGAAGACUGUAAAUAAAAGAACAAAAACUGUAUGAAAACCGAUAAAUAUCUGGACUUUGACAUGGAUGUUGGGCAUCAUCUGGUGACAAAACUGUAAAAGCACUUCUGUAUUUUUAGCUUAUACAAUGGACGAUGUUAACACAGCGUUACAAAAAAACGCUGGCUAAAGGUUAAAGCAGUACUUCCCUAUACAUAUAGUAUAUGUAUGCUAAUGUAUAGUAUCAGCCUAGUAUAUUCCAUCUGGUAGCGAACACAGGUGUACUAGAAAGUUUAAUCUCUGUCCAGUGUCUGCGCCGUUUCUCUCCACAAGGUAUAAAAAUGUCUUGUUAAAA